AUGGUCGACGUUGCAUCUGGGCUCCCCUCUGUCUCUCCCCUCUGUCUGUCCCCUCUGUCUCUCCCCUCUGUCUGUCCCCUCUGUCUCUCCCCUCUGUCUCUCCCCUCUGUCUCUCCCCUCUGUCUGUCCCCUCUGUCUCUCCCCUCUGUCUCUCCCCUCUGUCUGUCCCCUCUGUCUCUCCCCUCUGUCUGUCCCCUCUGUCUCUCCCCUCUGUCUGUCCCCUCUGUCUCUCCCCUCUGUCUCUCCCCUCUGUCUCUCCCCUCUGUCUCUCCCCUCUGUCUCUCCCCUCUGUCUGUCCCCUCUGUCUCUCCCCUCUGUCUGUCCCCUCUGUCUCUCCCCUCUGUCUGUCCCCUCCUUCCCUCCCAUCUCUCUCCCCUAUCUCCCUCUCUUCUAUCUCUCCCCUCUCGCUCCCUCUCCCCUCCUUCCCUCCUCUCUCUCUCCCCUCCUUCCCUCCCAUCUCUCUCCCCUCUCUCCCUCUCUUCUAUCUCUCCCCUGUCUUUCCCCCUUCUGUCUCUCUCCUCCCCUCUCUCUCUCUCCCCUCUCUCCCUCUCUUCUAUCUCUCCCCUGUCUUUCCCCCUUCUGUCUCUCUCCUCCCCUCUCUCUCUCUCCUCCUUCCCUCCCCACUCUCCCGUGUCUCCCUUCUGUCUCUCUCCUCCCCCCUCUCUCUCCCCUCCUCCCCUCCCCCCCUGUCUCUCUCUCCCCUCCUCCCCUCCCCUCCCCUCCCCCCUGUCUCUCCGGUGCAGACAGUCUGGCCUCCCCCUCCAGGCUCUGCUGUGCCUGCUGCUCCCUGCUGCUAUCUCUCCAUCAGGCGUAGCAGUGAUAGUGUGGAGUCUGGCGUCAGGUCUUGCCCACAGCCUGCUGCUGCAGACAUGGAACAAUUACAAACCCACUUUGCUCGCUUCUCUUCAGAGCACUUAUUGA